UGCAUUGCGUUCUGGUUGUACCGCCUGGUUUCACUUUUUUGCAUUGGAUGAAAAGUAAUAAGUCUACAUCAAAGCGGAAGUAAAAUAUAAUUUGCGCAUAAAAUCAGCGGAGUCUUUCGCCAAUAUUGUGAAUAACUACCAAACUUUUGAAAUAUAUACAACAGUUCAAAUUGUGAAACUUCAGAACAGAAAAUUUCAUCGUCAGCAUAUAGUGAAUAUUGGAAACAAAACUUAUUAUUUGCCCCAAAAGAAAAUCUGAAAAUAAGAGAACGGGACAAAGCAAAAGCGUGACAGCUACGAAAUAGCAAAUUAUUGGCAGACCACAAAAACAAAGACUUUGACGAUCACCCUCACUACAUAGCAGCAAGGGAGGAGGUUGUAGAAACGUAGUAGAUGAAAGUGUUGCUGGGACAGCGUAUAGGUGGUGAGGAAAAGUAACGACGUGGUAUCAGUUUUGCGCAAGAGGAAUAACCAAAGGAAAAGACGACCCAAUCGAAAACCAAAAUAUAUAAAAUUUUUUAAGGAGUCUUUAACGCGUUUAGCCUUUAUAGUCAUAGGGCCAUGAGUGUCGACGCGUACGGUCCUAGUUCCCAGACUCUGACGUUUUUAGAUACAGAGGAAAAUGAUUUGAUUGGGGCAGAUACCCAGGCAUCUGAUUUUGAUUUCCGCGACUUUACGUUGCCUUCUCAGUCUCAAACACAGGCUUCGCAACUGGAGGGAAUAGGAGGCAGCGCUGCAGUUCAAAAUAAACUGAAUGCCUUAACUAACAAUUUGGCUGAGUUGCAAUUUGAGGAAGAAGAUGAAGAUACAUCCAUACUAGCCGUAAAGGAACUACCUGUACAUGCCUGUAAAUAUUGCGGCAUUCACGAUCCUGGUACAGUAGUUAUGUGCAACAAUUGUAAAAAAUGGUUUUGUAAUGGACGUGGUAGCACAUCUGGUUCACACAUUGUUAACCACUUGGUGCGUGCUAAACAUCGGGAAGUAACACUACAUUCGGAGGGACCGCUUGGGGAAACUGUGCUCGAGUGUUAUUCUUGUGGUGUGCGCAACGUGUUUGUAUUAGGAUUCAUACCGGCAAAAGCCGAUUCGGUAGUCGUGCUGUUGUGUCGACAACCGUGUGCCGCACAAAACUCAUUGAAAGAUAUGAAUUGGGAUCAAGAUCAAUGGAAACCCCUAAUUACGGAUCGUUCGUUCUUACCAUGGUUGGUAAAAGUACCGACCGAACAAGAGCAAUUACGUGCUCGGCAAAUAUCCGCUGCCCAAAUUAAUAAAUUGGAAGAAUUAUGGAAGGAGAAUAUUGACGCAACCUUUCAAGACCUUGAGAAACCUGGUAUAGACACUGAACCAUCGCAAGUGCUUUUGCGUUAUGAAGAUGGUUAUCAAUAUGAAAAAGUUUUUGGACCUUUAGUGCGUUUAGAAGCAGAAUAUGAUAAAAAAUUGAAAGAAUCGCAAACUCAAGAGGGUAUAGAAGUACGUUGGGAUGUUGGCUUGAACAAAAAAACCAUAGCAUAUUUCACGUUGGCAAAAACUGAUUCAGAUAUGAAGCUAAUGCAUGGCGAUGAAUUAAGAUUACGUUAUGUUGGAGAGAUGCAUAAGUCAUGGAGUGAAGUUGGUCAUGUUAUAAAAGUGCCCGACAAUUUUGGUGAAGACGUCGGACUGGAGUUGAAAUCCUCAGCAGGUGCACCAGUUAAAUGUACUUCUAGUUUUGCCGUCGAUUUUAUCUGGAAAUGCACUUCAUUUGAUCGCAUGAGUCGUGCUUUGAAAGUGUUUGCUAUGGACCGCAGUUCCGUUUCUAAUUAUAUUUACGCACGCCUUCUUGGACAUGGUCGGCAUGAUGGUAGCGAUGAACUACUGUUUCGCGGCCCCAUACCAAAGCUUUUCAGUGCACCGAAUUUGCCAGAUUUGAAUCGAUCGCAAGUAUAUGCUGUUAAGCACGCUUUACAAAGGCCUCUAAGCUUAAUUCAAGGUCCGCCAGGUACUGGCAAAACAGUUACCUCAGCUACAAUAGUUUAUCAAUUAGUAAAGCAGCAUGGCGGUACCGUGCUUGUAUGUGCGCCAAGUAACACCGCCGUAGAUCAGCUUACUGAAAAGAUCCAUCGAACUAAUUUGAAAGUUGUGCGCCUUUGUGCCAAAUCUCGAGAAGCCAUCGAUAGUCCCGUGAGCUUCUUAGCUCUACAUAACCAAAUUCGCAACAUGGAAACUAAUAUUGAGUUAAAGAAGUUGCAGCAACUUAAGGACGAAACAGGCGAAUUGAGUUCAGCAGAUGAAAAAAGGUAUCGUACAUUGAAGCGGGCUGCUGAGCAUCAAUUACUUGAGGCAGCCGAUGUUAUUUGUUGUACAUGCGUGAGCGCCGGUGACGUUCGCUUGGCGCGCAUAAAAUUCACAUCGAUUCUUAUAGAUGAAUCAAUGCAGUCUACAGAGCCUGAGUGUAUGGUACCAGUGGUAUUAGGUGCAAAACAAUUAAUUCUUGUUGGCGAUCACUGUCAAUUGGGACCUGUAGUGAUGUGUAAGAAAGCAGCCAAAGCAGGUUUAUCUCAAAGUUUAUUCGAGCGACUGGUAGUAUUGGGUAUACGCCCUUUUCGCUUGGAAGUUCAAUAUCGUAUGCAUCCAGAAUUAUCGCAAUUCCCCUCCAACUUCUUUUAUGAAGGCUCUUUGCAAAAUGGUGUGUGUGCUGAGGAUCGUAAAUUAAAGAUUGAUUUCCCUUGGCCACAACCUGACCGGCCAAUGUUCUUUCUUGUGACUCAAGGCCAAGAAGAAAUUGCCGGCUCUGGCACUUCUUACCUGAAUCGUACUGAAGCAGCUAAUGUGGAAAAAAUAACAACACGUUUUCUCAAAGCUGGUGUUAAGCCAGAACAAAUCGGCAUCAUUACCCCUUACGAAGGUCAGCGCGCUUAUUUAGUGCAAUACAUGCAAUAUCAAGGUAGUUUGCACUCAAGGCUAUAUCAGGAGAUCGAGAUUGCCAGUGUCGAUGCUUUCCAAGGUAGAGAAAAAGACAUUAUUAUAAUGUCUUGUGUUCGCUCGAACGAACGACAAGGUAUUGGUUUUCUCAAUGAUCCUCGUCGUUUGAACGUAGCAUUAACUCGCUCUAAAUAUGGCACAAUAAUUGUGGGAAAUCCCAAAGUGUUGUCAAAACAACCACUUUGGAAUCACUUACUCAAUUUUUACAAGGAUCGCAAAGUUUUGGUGGAAGGUUCAUUGAAUAACCUUAAGGAAUCUUUAAUACAAUUUCAAAAACCCAAAAAGAUAGUGAACACUUUAAAUAUGGGUGCCCACUUUAUGACCACUAUGAUGGCCGAUGCCAAAGAGGCAAUGAUUCCCGGCUCUAUCUACGAUCGUUCCGGUCACUAUGGUUACUCAUCAAGCGGUGUUGGUGCCUCAAACUAUGGUAACAGCGGACUGGGCUUAGGUUUGGGCUAUGGAGGCGGCAAUAAUAUAGGUUAUGGUGGCGGUCCAGCUGCUGCCCAAAUGCAAGCAGCGGCCGCUGCUCAAAGUAUAAAUCAAUUUAUGGGCGGUAACUUUGGAGCUAUUGGUGCAAGAAGCAAUAGCGGUCCAAGUGGUCCUGGUAAUCAAGCAGCAGUCAAUGCACAACAAUGGAAUCAUCACCAUCACCACGAUUCGAUCAGUUACAUUUCACCCGAACGUGCUCAGGCUGCAAUGAACAAUAUGCCAGUGCCUGUUGGCAUGUUCAUGAAUAUGAGCAAUAUUCCACCGCGUUUCUAUAAUCAACACCAACAGGCGAUACAGGCAGCAGCGAAGCAGGGCCGUCGCAGCGGUGCCGCUACUGCUACUGGCAUGAUGAAUAACAACAUUGGUGGGGCUGGCGUUAGCAAAAUGUUCAAUAAUUUCAAUUCGACUGCCACCAGCGCAUCAAAUAGGACUCAAAACUCAAAACAACUCAAAACCAUUGUACCAAUAUCUACCAAUGCAACAACAACAACAACAAAAUCGCCAGCUGUCAGCGCCGACGAUGUGGCAAGCGUUCUAAUUGGAGGCGGUGGUGCGGCAGCAUCACAGAACAAUGUCUUGCCGCUAACCCAGCAAAAUAUGUCGCAGCAAAUGAGCCAGCCCGGCGGCUUUACAUUGUCCCAACAGCCCGAACUAUCGCAGGACUUUGGCCAAAUUUCGCAAAUUGAUAGCAUUCUAUCGCAAGACGUAAAUUUUUCAGCGGGCAAUCUAAAUACGGAUAGAAUCAAGUUCGGCCUGAAUAGUCAGAGUCAAUUCUCGCAGCCCUAUUGAUAUAACGGUUGAUUCCAACUUCAAAAGCAAAAGCAGCAGCAGUCAGUUAAACCAACAAUUCAUAUCAAACAAAUACAAACUUUUUGAUGUAACGAUAGAGAACAAAGAAGUAAAGAAGCAUGCACACAAAAAACUGCAGAAACAGCAGCCACAGAUCUCUGAUCGCAUGGAUAGAAUCGAACUGAAUUGAUUUUGAGUGGUUAAAACAACAAGGAGAUUCCACCACUUGAAAACCCAGAUAUUAAGAUUAAGAUAUGGAAAUUUGGGUUUUACAGAUCAAAUGAUAACGCAAUUUCGAUAUGCGAAUCAGCGAUCGCACUUAUGCGACUGCGCAACGAUGGAGUGGUAUGUGCGCUAUUUGCGCGAACGUGUGCUUAAAGGAUUAAUUAGGUGUAAUUGGAAGCGACGAUAAGCAUAAACAAAAGGAACUACAAAAUAAUACGAACAAAAAUCCACAAUCAGAUGUAUUGAGAGCAUAGAGAAAACUGCAUUAAGAACAGUUGGAAAUGGUUAGAAUAUAAACAUAAUUGCUACAAAAAAUAUUAACACACAUUUAUGGACAAUGGUUAAGAUGGUGAAAGUGAAUAUAAAAGGCAUUUCACCAUACCAGCGAUGCGUUGUAGGCUGCGAAACAAAGAAAUGCGGUUGGCGAGCACUCAUGCUGUGUGCAUCGGGUGCUCCGUAUGAACAUACAUGUAUACAUCUACAAGAAGUAUAUGUGCAUAUAUAUGCAUUUUCAAAUAUAGAUCAGUUGUCAAGCAUAGUUUACACGCUUAAGCGCCUCGAGGGCAAUUAACAGCCAAUUGGCGAAUGUGAUCGAACGAUAAUUAUGUGAGAUUAUGAAGUGUGUCUCAUAUUCACAUUAAUUAUAUAAUUCGCGGGAUUCAUCAUAACCACUUCAUAGUGAGGAGACCGCUUUCAUUUCCUUCGAGUCCGGUUGAAAUAUAAUACUUUACUAAUUUAUAUCUGUGGGCUGUAAUCUCAAGUUCUACUGCUUCAGGAUUUUUCCAUUCACAAAUAUUUUAAUUGUUAAAUUUUGUGAUUAGUUCAUAUUUUCUAACAAGUGAUUUCUGCAUUUGCGACUAAAUUAAAAAAAAAAAUGAAUAGAAAAAGCAAGAUUACUAAAAAAAAUUUAACACAUAUAAAUUAUGUUUUCACACAGAUGCACAUUUUUUUUUAGAUACAUAUUUACUAUAUAUUUCAUUCAAAUGUUUCAUAUCACCUACCGGCAGCAGUUGAUUAAUGCGAUGAUAAAGCUAUGAAAAUGCUCACUGCAACCGCUGGGUGUUGAAGAAACGUGCUUUCGUCGCAUUUCCAUAUAAAAGAAACGCUUUGCUUUGCAAAUUUUGCAUGUGGAAUCGUCUUGAUUUCUCGGGAAAAAUCUCCGUUUUUAUUAUUUACGUUAAAGAAGAAAUUUUUUAAAUGAAAUAAAAGCAAUAAAAAUGUAGAUACAAUAUGUCUUUAUGUGUUGCAAGUGUAGGAAAUGGUGGAAUAAAGAUAACGUAAUGAAUGGGA